AUGACGGCACCCCAGUCGGCCUCCCCGGGCUUGCUCACCUCCCAACAGUGUGUGGACUUCCUAGGAGAUGUGAAAGGGAUGCUGCCUACAAAUUGUGAUGGUGCCCACACAUCAAAGAAGGAUUUGAGCAGCGCCAGCUUGCCGAUGGGCCCCGAGCGGGCCGUGUGGGUGCGGGGAGAGGCGGGGUCCCUGGAGGGCUCUGCGGGCAGUGCAGCCCUUUUCCUUCCUGCAAGUUCCCGGGAGAGCCAGUCAUCCCCCUCGCCUCCCCCCGGGGGCGGCCUCCAGGGAGACCUGCAGGGCAUCCUGCCCUGGGACUCGGGGCAGGAGGUCAUGCUGACCACCAAGACCCCGAAGGCCACUGUGGGAGGCCUGAGCCCCUCCAAGGGCCACACCCUGCAGAUCUUCGAGCUCACGGGCUCUGGGCCUGUGCAAAGGGAUUUUGUGAUCGACGCUCUGAAGAGGAACUCCCCGGGCAGGAGCAGCCGGAGGCCUGCAGGACCCGCCCUGGAGCCCAGCCCUUCUCUGGGGGGCCCAGACCUCGAGCCGACUCCGGAGCCAGCUCCUCAGCCCAGCGUCACUUUCGCUUCACCACUAGACCUACCCAUCCUAGCCGGCCCCCACUUCCGCUGCACACCCCCCGUUCCCACGGACAUGGUCUUCCUGGUGGAUGGGUCCUGGAGCGUCGGCCACAGCCACUUCCAGCAGGUCAAAGACUUCCUGACCAGUGUCAUCGAACCCUUUGAGAUUGGGCCGGACAAAGUCCAAGUAGGCCUGACACAGUACAGUGGGGACCCCCGGACAGAGUGGGAGCUCAGUGCCUUCCGCACCAGGGAGCAGGUGCUGGCCGCUGUGCGCAGUCUCCGCUACAAGGGAGGAAACACCUUCACAGGCCUUGCCCUGACCCACGUGCUGGGUUGGAACCUGCAGCGGGCGGCAGGUCUCCGGCCGGAGGCCGCCAAGGUGGUGGUUGUGGUGACGGACGGCAAGUCACAGGACGACGUGCGCACAGCUGCCCGUGUCCUCAGGGACCUGGACGUCCAUGUCUUCGCUGUGGGUGUGAAGAAUGCCGACGAGGCUGAACUGAAGCUCCUGGCAUCCUGGCCUCUGGACAUCACUGUCCACAAUGUGCUGGACUUCCCCCAGCUGGCCACCUUGGCUGGCCUGCUCAGCCGCCUUAUCUGUCAGAAGGUCCAGGGCAGGAGCCCAGCCACACGGGCUCCGCCCGUGUCAGCCCUGCCCCCUCUCCCUGCAUCUGCCAGCCUGGACUUCACCCGGGUCACCUCCUCCAGCCUCCACCUGUCCUGGACUCCGGCCCCGCAGCCUCCCCUCAAGUAUCUGGUUGUGUGGCGAUCUUCCAGGGGCAGCGUCCCCAGGGAGCUGCUGGUGGAGGGGGCCGCCUCAUCCUUGGAGCUUCACAACCUGACUGCCAGCACGCAGUACCUGGUCUCCGUGCUCCCCGUGUACGAGGGAGGGGCUGGUGAGGGCCUGCAGGGCCUGGCCACCACAGCACCCCUGCCUCCGCCCCAGGCCCUGACCCUGGCCGCAGUGACGUCCAGAACCCUUCACCUCACCUGGCAGCCCUCGGCCGAGGCCGCCCAGUACCUGGUGAGGUGCCUGCCCGCCUCCCCCCCAGGCGAGGAGCAGAGAAGAGAGGUCCGGGUGGGGCGGCCAGAGGUGCUGCUGGGUGGUCUGGAGCCAGGCAGGAGCUACGAGGUUUCCGUGCAGAGCCUCCGCGGGCCGGAGGUCAGCGAGGCCCGACGCCUCCGGGCCAGGACCUCGGCCCCGGCACCCACAAGACACUUGAACUUCACGAACGUGAGCCACAGCUCAGCCCAUGUGUCCUGGGAGGCCACCCGGAGGCCCCUCCGCCUGGUCAGGGUCAGCUACGUUUCCAGUGACGGUGGCCACUCGGGGCAGAUGCAGGUCUCUGGGGACGCCACUUCCGCCGCCUUGGGGCCCCUGUCCUCUUCCACCACGUACGCCGUGCGCGUCACCCACCUCUACCUCGGGGGUGGCUCUUCCUCCCUGACCGGCCGUGUGACCACACGGCGGGCCCCCAGCCCGAGCCAGCUGUCGGUGACGGAGCUGCCAGGGGACGCGGUCAGGCUGUCCUGGGUGGCCGUGGGCUCUCCGGGCGCGCUCGGCUACCACAUCAAGUGGACACCCUUGGGAGAGGGAGAGGCUCGUGAGAUCUCUGUCGCAGGGGCUGUACGCACGGCCGUCCUGCCUGGGCUGAGCAGGCAUGCAGAAUAUGAGAUCACCAUCCUGGCCUACUAUGAGGACGGGGGCCGCAGCCACCCCGUGUCCAUCCGCUAUGCCCCUGCUGCAGCGAGCAGAAGCCCUCCAUCCAGUCUGGCCCUGGCCUCGGCCAUCCCCAACAGCCUGCAGGUCAGCUGGACACCCCCAGCUGGACACGUCCUCCACUACCGGCUCACCUACGCCCCGGCCUCAGGCGCAGGACCUGAGAAAUCGAUCUCUGUCCCAGGCCCCAGGAACCACACAGUACUCACCGGCCUCCUGGCUGCCACCAAAUACAGAGUCCUGGUCUCAGCCAUCUACAGAGCAGGGAAGAGUGUGGCGGUGUCUGCCACUGGCCAAACAGCAGCCUGCCCGGCCCUGCCCCCAGACGCCCCCAGCGCCCACGGCACCCUCCCAGGGUUUGACCUGAUGGGGGCCUUCGGCCUGGUGGCAACGGAAUAUGCCUCCACCCCGGGCGUGGCCAUGGGACCCUGGGCCUGGGGCCGGGCCCCAACCUUCACGCUCUUCAAGGAUGCCCAGCUGACGCGGCGGGCCAGGGACGUCCACCCCGCCCUCCCGCCCGAGCAUACCAUCGUCUUCCUUGUGCGCAUGCUCCCCGAGACACCCCGAGAAGCCUUCGCUCUGUGGCAGAUGACCACGGAGGACUUCCGGCCCCUCCUUGGGGUGCUGCUGGAUGCUGGCAGGAAGUCGCUGACCUACUUCAACCACGCUGCCGGGUCCCCCACGCAGGCCACCUUCGACCUGCCAGAGGCAAAGAAGAUUUUCUUUGGAAGCUUCCACAAGGUGCACGUGGCUGUGGGCCCCUCCAAGGUCAGACUGUACGUGGACUGCCGCAAGGUGGCGGAGAGGCCCAUCGGGGGGGCGGGCAGCCCCCCUGCCACUGGCCUCGUCACGCUGGGGAGGCUGGCCAAGGCCAGGGGGCCCGAGGACAGCUCAGCCACGUUCCAGCUCCAGAUGCUGCAGCUCCUGUGUGGGGACACCUGGGCUGCCCAGGACAGGUGCUGCGAGCUCCCAGGCUCGAGGGGCGGAGAGGUAUGCCCGGCCUUCCCUUCUACCUGCGCCCACUCCCCAGAGACCCCUGGACCCCCAGGGCCCCAAGGUCCCCCGGGCCUCCCCGGGAAGACGGGCAUCCCAGGAGAGCCAGGGGUCCCAGGGCCCAAGGGAGAGCCAGGGCCACCCGGGCAGAUAGGGCCAGAGGGCCCUGGAGGUCAGCAGGGGUCACCAGGGACCCGGGGCCGUGCCAUCCAGGGGCCCAUGGGUCCGCCAGGGGUCAAAGGAGAAAAGGGGGACCACGGACUCGCGGGCACGCAGGGCCACCCUGGCCAGCCAGGCACCCCUGGGAGAGCCGGCCUCCAAGGGCCCAAGGGAAUGAGAGGACUGGAGGGACCGGCCGGCCUGCCUGGAUCCCCCGGCCCCAGGGGGCUCCAGGGCCUGGCAGGGAGCAGGGGCUCCAAUGGGGAGCGAGGGCCCCCAGGGGCCGUGGGACCCACGGGGCUGCCGGGGCCCAAAGGGGAACGCGGAGAGAAGGGAGAGCCACAGUCACUCACGGCUAUCUUCCAGCUGGUGAGCCAGGCCUGCGAGUCGGCCAUUCAGAUGCAUGUGCGGAGGCUCAACUCCUUCCUCCACGAGAACGCCAGGCCCCCAAUGCCCAUCCUGGCGGGGACCGCGGAGCCCGGCGGGCCUGGACCAACGUCCACAGACAGGAGCCGCGAGGAUCAAGCACCCCGGCCCCCAGAGCCCCAGCCAGACCAGAGGGGCAGGGGAAGCAGUGCCCCCCCUCUCCCCCAUCCUCUCAGGAACAUGUCCCAGAAGGAGGAGCAGCUGGGCAGGACAUGCCCAGAGGGGACAGAAAACUACGGGAUUGUACAGGGUAGGGGAAUCGAGAGCAAGGCCAGCAUCAUCAAGGUGCAGCCGGGCCUCUGUGCAGGCUCUGGAGGGAUCCAGGCCUCUGUGCCAGGCUCUGGAGGGAUCCGGGCCUCUGUGCCAGGCUCUGGAGGGAUCCGGGCCUCUGUGCCAGGCUCUGGAGGGAUCCAGGCCUCUGUGCCAGGCUCUGGAGGGAUCCGGGCCUCUGUGCCAGGCUCUGGGGGAAGCUAG